GUGACUCCUCAGGCCGAGGCCGAGAGUUCGACUGUCCCUAGCUUCGACUCGACGAUUGAGAGGGAAGUCUUUGAUCAAUUGCUGGAGAUGGACGAUGAGGACGAUAGGACCUUUUCGCAGGAAAUUGUUUGGAACUUCUUUGAACAGGCUACCUCCACCUUUGCCGACAUGGAUACAGCUCUAGAGGAGAAGGAUCUGGCAAAGCUCUCCACACUAGGACACUUCCUCAAAGGCUCAUCAGCAGCAGUGGGAGUGGCUCACGUGAGGGACCUGUGCGAAGCAAUGCAGCAUCUCGGCAAGCUCCACGACGAAUCAGGGGUAGAGGAUAUCAGCCGUGAGGAAGCUCUGAGUAAACUUCAGACGACCAUCAAGGACGUCAAGGCACGCUAUCAAGACGCCGAGGCUGUUCUCAAGAAGUUCUACGAAGACGAGGGCAUGCCAGGUGGACCUGAUGGAGCUGACGAGGGAGAGGAGGAGGACGACUGA